UUGACGCUGCUCUGACGUCAGAACCUUUAACCCCGGGUGCUCCUCGCGCUGCGGAUCACUGACCCGAGUCUUCACGGAGAUGGCCGGACGGGACCGAGUGGUUCACCUGCUCAGACAGCUGGAGCGCGCGGCGUGCAGAUGUCCUGCUCACUCCAACACCUUCCACCAAGGUGCGGGGGCGGCGACCUGCACCGUGAGGAAGACGGACUACGCCUUCGAGAUGGCGAGCUCCAACAUCCGCUACGGAGAGGGAGUCAGCCGAGAGAUCGGCAUGGACCUGCAGAACCUCGGAGCUAAGAACGUCUGCCUCAUGACCGACAAGAACCUGUCUCUCCUGCCCCCCAUGAAGGCCGUCCUCGAGUCCCUGGCCAAGAACGGGGUCAAGUACAAAGUCUUUGACAACGUCCGGGUGGAGCCAACUGACACCAGUUUUAAAGAAGCGAUAGAGUUUGCUAAGAGAGACUCGUUUGAUGUGUUUGUGGCGGUGGGCGGGGGAUCAGUGAUUGACACCUGUAAGGCGGCCAAUCUGUACGCCAGUCACCCCGACGCCGACUUCCUGGACUUCGUGAACGCUCCGAUCGGGAAAGGAAAGCCGAUCACAGGAGCAGUGAAGCCGCUCAUCGCAGUUCCUACGACUGCCGGGACGGGCAGCGAGACCACCGGGGUCGCCAUCUUUGACUACGAGCCUCUGAAAGCCAAAACAGGUAUCGCCAGCAGAGCCAUCAGACCCAUGCUGGGCAUCGUGGACCCCCUGCACACACUGAGCAUGCCCGAGAGAGUCGCCGCCAACAGCGGCUUUGACGUGCUCUGUCACGCUCUCGAGUCGUACACCGCCCUGCCCUACAACCAGAGGAGUCCCAGCCCCCCCAACCCCAUCAACCGCCCCGCCUACCAGGGCAGCAACCCUAUCAGUGACGUCUGGUCCCGCCACGCCCUUAACGUGGUCGCCAAGUACAUGAAGCGAGCGGUGCGUGACCCCGAGGACGUGGAGGCCCGGUCCAGCAUGCACCUGGCCAGCGUGUUCGCUGGGAUCGGCUUUGGGAACGCCGGAGUCCACCUGUGUCAUGGGAUGUCUUAUCCGAUCGCUGGGAACGUGAAGACUCACUCGGCUAAGGGUUACAGCGUGGAUCACGCCCUGGUGCCUCAUGGUCUCUCGGUGGUCCUCACGUCUCCAGCUGUCUUCAACUUCACUGCCCCAAUGUGCCCUGAACGCCACCUGGAGGCCGCAGAGAUCAUGGGUGCAGAUAUCCGUCAGGUGAAGCGGGAGGAUGCAGGAGCGGUCCUGGCCGACACUCUGCGUCACUUCCUGUAUGACCUGAAGGUGGAGGACGGUCUGGGAGCUGUGGGGUACAGUAAAGAUGACAUCCCGGCGCUGGUCAAAGGAACCAUUCCUCAGGAGCGAGUGACUAAACUGUCCCCCAGAGAGCACACUGAGGAGGACCUGAGCCACCUGUUUGAAGCCUCCAUGAAGCUCUACUGAACACGCUGAGCCCGUGUCCUUGAACUGAUCUCAGGUCUGCUCUGUGUGGAGCUGCAGUUCCUCUAACAGCCACUAGAUGGAGCUGUUUCUCCCGCUGCUCUUUCCUGGAGCUGCUCACCUCAGUGCCGUGUGUUUCUAACCAUGAAUGUAACGUGUGAACCUUUGUACCGCUCGCAGCAUUAAAGCCGGCUGAAAGCUUCAA